CGGCAGGGAUGCGCUACCUCCGAGACAAGAAUGUCGUCCACCGGGACAUAAAGCCCGGGAAUAUCAUGAGAUAUCUCAGCUUAGAAGGGUUUUCGCAGUACAAGCUCACGGAUUUCGGAGCCGCCCGCAAUCUGGAUGAAGAUGAGAGCUUCAUGUCUCUCUACGGCACGGAGGAGUAUCUGCAUCCCGGCAUCUACGAGAGAGCCGUCCUCAAACUGCCCACUGCCCAGUCGUUCGAUGCCAAGGUCGACCUCUGGUCUCUGGGGGUCACGUUCUACCACACAGCGACGGGUCAGCUUCCCUUCCAACCUCACGGGGGGCGAUCUAACCGACAGACCAUGUUUCAGAUCAUCACCCAGAAGGAGAGCGGCGUCAUUUCGGGAGUCCAGAGCUUCCAGAAUGGACCGAUCCAGUGGAAGAGGGACUUGCCCGAGACAUCGCCGCUCUCAAGCGGGCUCCAGUCAAUCGUGGUUCCCCUCCUCGCCGGUCUGAUGGAGCCGAACGAAGCUAAAAUGAUCACCUACGACACCUUCUUCAAGAUCGUGGAGAACGUGCGUCAGAAGCGCACAGUCAGCGUGUUCCACUUCAGCCGCUGCGAGGACCUCAAGGUCUACGCUGAUCAGAACACCACGCUGCCAGGGCUCCAGGACCUGAUUGCGUCGCUGACGGACAUCUCAGCGAGUGAGCAGAUCCUGCUGGUGGGAGGACACUGUCUUGACCAGGUCGUUGACCCCAUGUGUCCGCUCCACAACUACCCCCCGCGACUCCUCGUCGACAGCAUCUACCUCUUCCAGAAGGAGAUGUCCGACUCUACGCGCCUACAGAAGCCGGAAAUACCUCCUUUCCCAGAGUUCUCGGCCUACGCAGACAUGGAUAGCGACGCCCGAUUGGCUCACAACUGUGCGGCCCGCGCCGAGCUCAUCCGGCGGUUCCAGAACAAGGUUCAAGGUCAGCAGCAGAAGUUGAUGGACGGGCUCUUGUACUUCAGGCUGUACGUGGAGACACGUCUCCAGGCGACCAAGGUGAGCCAGGACUCGAUGCGUCAGCUGAUGGACGACUGCAAGGUCCACAUAGACAUGUUCUUCAACAUGGCACUGGCUCUCCGCGACACGGUGGCCUGUCGCAUGCCGGACCGACCCGAGCUGGCGCUACUGGACGACAUUGUGCAGGACUCAGUCAUACGUCAGGUGCACAAGAAGGCUACGGAGCGUAACUCUGAGAUCGAGCAGUACCGCGAGGGUCUGGUGAAGAGAUUGGACGAUGUGAAGGCUUUUGCCUGCAAAGUGUCGGCGGUGUGUGGCGACGAAAAGUGUUCGGACAAAGUGAGCCACCACAUGAGUACGAUCAGCAGUGUGUCGAGCCGGUUUCGCCGCGACAAGAGCGUCAAACACCAGAUGACCUCUCAUGACGAGAAUAUCCAUAGGUUUGAGAGCUGGGCCGAACGAUUAACCUCAAGUUUGUGAAGGAGUCUGGGUUCGAGUCUGGUCAGACGGCAGCGUCUUCGUCGUCCUGGCCGGGAACGUUGGGUCCCUGUGAGGGUACGAUGGAGUCGACGCGACCCCUGAGCGACCCCGCCGUGGGAACAGACCUAUGGAACGUACAAGCAGCGAACGCCGCGCCGAGCGCCUCAGACGAAGCGAAAGUGGUGUCAGAAGUGGCAGUUGACCUGAGAGAAAAACUUCUCGACCUACAGCGGAGUCUGGACACCAACUUUGACCUCCUGCGAGGCUGUCUCGCCGCGUGGACCCAGUACAUCUGGCCGAGUACGUGGACAGUCUGGCUCACCGCUCAUCUCCCCUGGCCGUCUCCUCGCCGAUGGAGCCCAUGGACGAGUCGGAGGCUCUCCUCGCACUCCCGCGACCACCCGGCCCCUUGCAGGUCGCGCAGGCGUCGCCAUUAGACUUGGGCGUGUUACCCGCGGGCGUGUUGCUUAAGAGUGUCUUCCAGGAAGGAUCGGAACUUCCGCUACAUAACAACCUGUUCCCGUUAUCGUCGAUGCAGACGGCAAAAGUUGACAACCGCUUCACGUCGCAAUUGCCUCCCGUCGCCAGCUUACCCGCGACGACGAUGGCAGCGUUGAGGACAGAUGCCAAUUUGUUAGUCUCUGGGCUACCGACCUUGAACGGUGCGAGGGUGCCCACGGAGAGUGAGGUGUCCUUGGGCACAAUGCAAGAGACGCUAGCUGGCGGGCAGGGAUAUCAUAGCAGGGACAUUCUUCAUGAGUGAGACGUUGAGGAUGCAAGUUUUUGUUUAUUUGUUUAGAAGUUGUUGUUUUUUUAUUAUUGUGGCGUUGGAGGUCUAGUGGUUAG